AUGACAGUCAUUAGCAUUCCAUGUAUGUUUUGGCUGUUGUACGUAAAUACUGUUUCGGGCCCGGACAUUUAGUGGUUAUUUUACAUUUACACGCCCAAUGCCCACGGGGAUUCAGUAAAACCGUUAUCUUUGUUGGUUCGGAUCGAAACUAGGAACAAUUUUUAAAUAAUUGCCAAAGGUUCUAGGCAAUCAGUGGAAUGUAUGGGUGGUUGAGGCAGUUAUUGUGAUAUACAAGAUCCCAAAAGCCGUUGUCACAUCUACAUUCCCGCAGCCUCAAUAAGUUCCCUGGAAUAAUUCAUGCGUCAGAUUUCAAAUUAAUCUUUAUUUGCAUCUUUUAUACAUCCGCGGUCAGGUGGAUUGGCACAUGUAGUACUUGUCUACUCGUUCCGGUAUUGCUGUUCGGGUCACCAAUCGCACCACUUCGUUGUUGCGGGUUAUGACGCUUGGAAGAGGCACUCUGAUGCUGCCAGCCGGUGUGUUUUCGAUCGGUUGACCAACUAGUUUAGAUGAUUGUGUCCCCAAUUUACACCCCUCAGUGUUUACUGUCAAUCAUGUAUCUUUUGUUCACCAAUCCAAGACUGGUAGUUAAACCUGUUUUUAGUGUUUUUGAUUUAUUCCAACGCAAGUGGAGCAGAUCUCGCGUUCGGAAAUCCAAGUGAGCCCCUCCGGUGCCACCAACAUUGCAGAACUGUAACAAAAGAAUUGCUCCCGUGAUCGAAGGAAUUGUCUUGCUGACGUUUCGAAGAGCGUGGCCGGCUCUCAAUUAUCAAAGCGUUUAGCGCAAAAACCGACCAGAAUUUUGAAUAGACAGCCGAAUUGAUUGGCCUUGGGCUGAUCGAAUUUUUUUUUUCGUUUGUUGCCUUGGCCUACUGGCCGUCGUUUAUGAGUGUUGGCGGUCUUCUGUGUUGUGUGUCGUCACCUCAACUGGGGCUAGUUGCAUUUGUGUCUCUCCUUUGGGUGAAUUAGUCGACAGGCCGUGUUCGCUCGGUAUUCCUAGGCUCCGUAUGACUGUCUUGUCCUGAUCAUGGCGUAUGUAGUGACGCAGGAUUUUAUGGGCCGCAGGAAGGUCUAGAUGCCUGUCAAUGUAGUUGGCAUCUGAGUACCAAGCCUCAAUUGUGAGACGCUCUGUCCUUGAGGUGCCUCGGCCCAAGACAACUGCUCAUUGAAAGUCAAAACUGUGGCUAGUCUCUCCGAUGUGAGUCGAAAGCUAUGAGCUUGGGUCUAAUAUCUGAGUUGCCAGUUUGUGCUCAUGUUGGAGGGUCUGCGAUUUCCGUUCGGUUUUCCCAACGUAGUUGCAGUCCCCAUCGUUACAACGUAUGUUAUAGACAACUGCUGAGGUCUCACUGGGUGGCAGUAUGUCUUUGGGUUACAUCAGACGGUGACGAAUUGUCGCCUGGGGCCGAUGGGCGAGGCCCCCCACCCUGGCGGGUUGUAAUAGCCGUGAAACGGCUUCGGAGACUCCUUUAGUGUAAGGACUAGCCCUCCAGACUUCGGGUUUUUCUUCUUAUGGCCGUCGUCUGUUCAUUCGGGUAUAGAACUGUGCCCGUAUUUUCAGUGUUUGAUUUAUUUGGACCCACAACCACUGAGUAGUGGCGCUUAACUAUAUGGCAUGGUCGUGGAACGGAAAAUAUCCUCAGGAACUUCCCUGUUGAUGACCUGUUCGUGACCCUUACCACCCAUUUGGAGCUUGUUUGCUUCGAGAAGCUAAUAGAUCGGCACUCACCGGCGUAACGACAGGACAACGACCUCCUGACUCAGUGGUUCGAGGCGUUGGACUUCUAACCAACAGGUCACGAGAUCGAGCCCCAGGUGUCCCGCACUUCGGAAUUGGGUGCGGCUGGCCGACGACUACUGAUAAGCCAGAAACGGCCAUUCCAGUUUCCGUUGUCCUUGUCGGUAAUGCCAUUCUGCCCAUACAUCACGCACCGGUGUGCGGCUGGUGGUGGACUCAAGAGGGAGAGAGAGAUAUAUAUAGCUUUGAGGACAUGUUUCGGUAACAAUCGGGAGAUGGCACCAAAUAUCCGUUGCCUAUAAAUAAUACCUACUUUAUCUAUUUGAGCAGGUUAUAUCCCUACAGUCCACAUGUUGCUUCACUUAGAUUAUCACCGUCUCCAACAGUUGAGAUGCGACCGCUGUAGACCGAGCCAGGGUUAAUCAGUCUUCAUUUAGGCUUACACGGCUGACGAGUGACAGCAGCAGUGGGGUUGCGGGUACCUUUCACCCCAUCUUCGUGGACACUCGAUGAAGCUACGGACAACAAUGUCCAGGCUGAAUUAUCGUUCUAAAUUUUUCACGCAAAGGUUAGUGGAGAAAUGGAACGAUCUCCCUCAGUCAGUCGUGGAGGCAACGUCUCUGCAACUCUUCAAGAAACGCUUGGAUGAUUAUUUGUGUCCCCUGUUUUCCCUCGGCAGUCUGAGUCUGAACUAAAUACCCCGCGACACAGCAAUUUUUCCCCCGAGACAAUGCUACUCAAAUGAAUCGAGUACUGUUUUAAUAGCGAAUAUUUUUAUAAGCAGCGCCAUUCUCGAGCAUGUUGUCGAUUCCGGACAUCGUGUGAUCUCCAACGAAGGUCCCAUCGAGCUACCCUAAGCUACUAGGCCAGCGCCUGUUAGCGAUAGCGGAAGCGGCCGCCAUUAGAUUACGAAAGUCAAUCUUAUGCGCAUAGAAGAACCACGUUCAGGCUCCGCGCCUACAGUGGUCGAAGGUCGACCAACGGUGCAACUCCCCCGCGCACUUCCGCUCUCACCCCGCCCCUGACAAUGACUACUAUUACCCAUCCACCCCUCCCACACAUUCCCACACCCCGCCUGUGUUUUAGGGAGAACUUUUAUCGAUUUCUCUUAUCGCUGACAUGUUUUACCUCUACCCCGUUCCUAUGUAACUGUACUGGCCCGACGAAAAUUGAUCGAAAGCUACGUAUGCUCGCCAACUCGUCUUCUGAAUAUUUUUAUUGUUUGUGUACAGUUAUUUCUAACGAGCUGACAUGUAAUCACUAGGGUUUUCAAAGGCUUUGCCUAUUAUCCUUACCAAAUAAACCGAAUAAACUGAAAACUCAGAGCCCAAAGGCCCAAUGUAACGAGUGAAUUCCGUAAAAACUAUCAGUGAGCGCCCGUCCACCACCAUAUAUAAACAUAUCAGAAAGGGGACGGCAGGGUCUAGGGGUAAACUGAUACAGAACUGUUUCGGGCUUUUUGCCUUCAUUCAGUCAACCAUAACUCUGACCACCAGCUGAGAUUUGACGCAGAUUGUCCAUCACUGGGGUCUAACAGAUGGGUCAUAAGCACGUAGGCGACCCAGGCUAGCUCGGGUCGUUCUCCCGUUAAACAAAGUCGUGACCCAUAGUGGAGUUCGGCAGCCGUCUAGAAUGUCUACAUAGCCCUAUUUAGGAACAAGUUUGCUUACCCCCGCGGGGGGAUUGGGUUAGUAAAGGUGUCCUAAGCAGAUGCUGAGAUCACUCCAUCUGCGCGAUGACCACGGCUCGCAGACACAAAACACACGGUCGAAACAAUCAAACACGAAACCAUACUCUCUCUCUUUCUCUCUCUCUUCCCCUCCUCCUCCCAAAUGAUCCGCCCCACAGACAGGUAGAGUGAGUCCGCUCACUCUGGCAGCCUGGAAUGUUUGUUCCCUUUUAGGCAAUCCCGGGAACAACCAGGCGGAAUGGAGGACAGCGCUAGUGACCCGUGGACUGGAGCGCUACAAGGCGGACAUCGCCGCACUCAACGUGACCCGAUUCUCCGAACAAGACCAACUAGAGGAGGUGGGUGCCGGCUGCACCUUCUUCUGGAGCGGUCGCCCUAGAGCAGAGCGACGGGACGCAGGUGUCACUUUUGCCGUCCUAAACGACAUCGUGAGACGACUGCCCCCUCUGUCGCAGGACAUCAAGGAUCGCCUGAUGAGCCUCCGCCUGCCUCUCUGGGGAGGCAAAUUCGCCACCAUCGUCAGCGUCUACGCUUCCCCGAUGACACGCGCCGACGCGGUGAAGAACAAAUCCUACAAGAACCUCCAAGACCUCAUGGCAUUUGUAUUGAAGGCGGAAAAACUGGCGUCUUCAUUGCCCGCGCCGGGACAGAACGCGCUGCACGAACCUGCGCAGAGCACCGCCUCAUCCUUACUAACACCUGCUUCCGUCUUCCGACGCGAGAGCAGGCCACUUGGAUGCAUUCCCAGUCGCGACACUGGCACCUGCUGGACCAUGGCUUCGUACGAAGGCGUUCCCAGCGGGACGUGCUGGUGA